AUGAGCUCCUGCACCACCUGCACUCUGGCGCAUCUUCCGGACCAGUUGCCUGGAAGAACAGGAAACAUAGUCUAUCUGGCUCUACCUCCUCGGUCUCAUCACCUAGCCCUGCACCAAUUCUCGAAACAAAACCUCCAGCCGCCUGUCCUAUCCCAGCCACCGUCCUGUGAAACCAGUCCGUCCAAUUUAGUUGUCUCUCCGUACGUCAGUCACCAGUACGUCAGGAUUUCGGUUUUGGCCAUCCGGGACUAUCCGGUCAGCCCUACUCUGUCCAGUCAGGUCAGUGUCUGCCUGAUCAUUCUGAUUGUCCGCUAG